AUGCGCAAAUCUAGACGAGGGUUUAAGGAAUUUAGCACCCAAAUAGAGGAUGUUGUAGACAUGUUUGUGCCGAAUGUAAGCAUGUCUGUUUACUUUGGAACUAAACAUGUUACCAAUGGUUGUACUAUCAAGCCUUCUAUUGCUGUUGAUCCUCCUCGUCUUAUCAUUGGUGCUCAUUCUGAUAUCCUCUAUACUUUGGUGAUGACAGAUCCUGAUGCUCCUAGCCCCAGCGAACCCUCAAUGCGAGAAUUGGUACACUGGAUUGUCACUGAUAUACCUAGUGGUGGAAGUCCAUCUUGCGGAAAAGAGGUAAUGGCAUAUACAGGACCAAGGCCAGCAGUGGGAAUACACAGAUUCAUACUGGUUUUGUUUGAGCAAAAACAACAGUUAGGGAUGUCCGUUGAGGCGCCUAAUAGUCGUGCUAAUUUUAAUACACGUCUGUUUGCUGGUAGAUAUGGUCUUGGCCUCCCUGUGGCCACUGUCUAUUUCAAUGCCCAAAAAGAGCCUGCUAAUAAGAAACGAUAGUUACAAACUUUUAGGUAAUGCUACAUUUGUAUCAUGUUUAUGUAUAUG